AUGGAGGCCACAAAUCGGCCAGAAAGCCCUGGACACUCUUCCACGAAACAAUUAGACGACUCGGAUGCAUUGCAUGAGGUCAACACAGCGGAAGAUCCGAGCCCCCAACAGGAAGCCAGGUCACAGAGUGCCCACCAAGAUGCUGAGCAGCUGGAAACUCAUCGUGAUGAUACGGAUGAUGCAGAUGACACGGAUGACGACAGCCAGACAGACGGCGAAGAGGAGCACGGUGUGGACGAAGAAAGCUGGAAUGCAGAAGAUGCAUUCAGAGAUCGAAACAUUAAUGUGGGAGUUAAAUAUUAUGAUUACCAAGGAUUCAUGAACCGGAUGGCGGACGACAACGGCGACUACACGAUUGAAGCUUUGGUCAGUAUCUCUGCCUGGUGGAAGGACUUGGAACGGGAGAAAAAAAGGCGCUUAGCGUAUCCUGGACCUCCCACCGAGUUUCACGAGAUGGCAGCGCCGUCAGAAGGAGUCGCCGAGACCUUGCAGCUCCAGAGAGUGCGGAUUCGCUCCCCGGAAAUCCUUCGACGGCUUGCCGAACUCGGGGAGUGGAAUGAAAGUAGCAUGGCCCCUCCAAAGUCAGUUUGUGUGUUUUGCCGCCCAUUUCAUGCUUUGGCCUACUUUCACAGAGGGAUGAAGCAAAAGCUGGAGAAACUGGUGUCUGACCAGCAAGAAUCGGAUGCGGCGUCUGACUCGACCGCCAUCGACGAAAUGCGAUGCUAUGUCACCUUUGUGGAAGAAAGGAUACUGCCUUUAUGGAAGAGAUUCGAGCAUGUGACUAGGAGUACCCCGAACAAGAUCCGAUACGACGAACUCUCCUUCCUCUUCCGCCCGGGGGACUUGGUCUAUGUCCCAUCUGUGGCUACUAGUACCAAGGCACGCCAUCAGUCUGCUAUUCAGAAUGUGUUCCGCCUGGCAUCUCUCCGGCCGGAAGACCACAUGUGGCAAACGGACCCCGGGGGCUGGUUUGUCCCAAACUCUUUAGCGAGGUGGAGUAUAUAUUGCUUUGAUCAUGACGGGGAGGAACUAAGAGUGAUAUGGCAGUCGCUGGAAAUCCCUCACUUCUCCGGCGAGCAAGAUGUCACUGCCUUGCCAUGUUACCCUCUGAGAUUUCACCCCGACCAUGCAACAAUUCUCAAAGCGCAGGCCGAGACCGGGAAGCUCUUCAAGGAGUUGGUCAAAGCGCAGAACAAGCAUCAGUACUAUUCCGGGUGGAGCCUAUCAACAGGUAUUUUCAAGGAGAGUGUUGAGACCGAUGAGCCCGAGCAUAUAGAGAGUGAGGUAAUCAUUGACAUCAAAGAGGCAUCGAGACACGUCCCAGAGACCUAUCCCGUCGACACUAAACGGUAUGAAGAAACGUUCCACGAUUCUUGGGCCACGGUUGUUGAUGAAAACGUCUCUUUCCGACUAUGGGGGAAAGAUCAAUACCCCCGGUUCCAUGAAAAGAACGAGGAUUUGCUGGUUCGAGAAGACUAUACAUAUGCGAAGGAAGCACAAGCCUACAAGAACAAAAACCCCUACAUAGACAACAACGACACAUUCUCGAAGCAAACAUGGUCCGAUGAGGACUUUGCUCUUCUUCCAAGAAGAGUCCUCGGAUACGUUCUACGCGAGAGGAGAUUUACGCGGCUGGAUGUUCACAGUUUCGACUUACGUCGAGUACUCGACGAGAAGAUUACGCUGGACCAUGUGCAGAUAAAGCCUGGACACAGGAGAAUUAUCCGAUCAACGGUGUCAUCACACUUUGCCAAGGUCCAGCGCGAGCGAAUUCGUGAUACCAUCUUAUAUACUCCCGAUAUGAUCCGAGGGAAGGGACGAGGACUAGUGAUCCUCUUGCACGGAGCACCUGGAGUAGGUAAGACAGCAACUGCUGAGGCAGUGGCGCUGGAGUUUGAGAAGCCUCUAUUUCCUAUCACGUGCGGCGACCUAGGAACAACUCCGGAGGCUGUCGAGAAGUCGCUGAAGGAUAUCUUUCGCUUUGCUCAUCUCUGGGAUUGUAUUCUGCUCCUGGAUGAGGCCGAUGUUUUUCUCACACAGAGAGAUCGAACUGAUGUUGAACGAAAUGCUUUGGUUUCAGUGUUUCUAAGGGUGUUGGAGUACUACAGUGGUAUUCUCUUCCUUACUACGAAUCGGGUGGGGGCCCUCGACGAAGCAUUCCGUUCACGAGUGCAUCUCAGUCUCUAUUACCCUCACCUGAACUGUGACGAUACUAUCUCCAUCCUAUCCAGCAAUCUGGCGCGGCUUCCUCGGACGGACAAGGUUCCAAAAGGAACUACUAUUGGAAAUGGACAUAUCCACGUGAUGGAUAAGGAAAUUAUCGAGUUUGUUAAGACGGAAUACGAGAAAACCUACAGGACUCAUCGACGAGGCCCAUGGAAUGGGCGGCAGAUCCGCAACGCCGUGCAAAUAGCAUCUUGUCUCGCCCUCUUCGACCAACGGGACAAAUCGACCGACAAUGACCUACCGGUAGUCCUCACCGCAGAGCACUUCCGGACAGUCAACGAUACAAUCGAGGAAUUCGACCGAUAUCUGGUCAAGGCCCGACGCGCCGACGAUCGUAAACUAGCCCACAUGGAAGGCCUUCGAUACGAUGCGUACGAGCCCGGCCUCCCACGGGAACCCGCUGCAUACGAUAGCUUCAGUGGAUACGACUCCGACAACCACCCAGUGGAACAACCUCCUCGACGUAACGUGGUAGCCCGAACACCCCAAAGACAGACUCCAUAUGCAAGCUCAGCAGGUGGACGUGUCACAGCUGGAAGAUACUCCUCCGGGCGCAAACGAGGACCGAUGUACGAAACCCAGCGAUAUCCAGAGGACGAAUUCCUCGAUGACGACAUGUAUGCCCCGAGUCCCGCUCCCGGACGUAGAUUCGAAGGCGGCCCUGGCUCCCACGUGAGCGCCUCUGAGCCGCCUCGCUCGAGGGCUCCGCCGAGAUCAUUGCCAAGAAAAGAAGAGAUGUAUGACGAGGACAUCUACCCAGAAGUCGAAGAUCAUCUCGAAGAGGGCUACCAUUUAGCGACGGAAGCAGAGGGACCGCGAUCGACCCCUCGCAGUGUGGCAAGGAAUGCCAGAUAUGUUGGAGAUUAUUCUCCUGCGCCAGGUCGCAGGACAAGGGCGUCAUACCUGGAAGAGACUGGUGCUCCGCCUAGGCCUCCGCAUCUGGAGGUGGAUUAA